AGUUGCCGGCGGGACGGCCCUCCCCGCACCACCAACCAAUCACAACCAGCAAGAGCCGGCCAGGCUGCGGGAACUAGACCCGAGAGGCACAAACCGGCGCGUUCCGCCUGCGCAGCUGACUUGUGGUUCCGGGGGCUUCCGCGACGACGCACCGCCAACCGGUAGGAGCCGCCCUCGGCCAGCGGGCUCGGAGGCCAAGACCGGUGCCUCGACUUCGCCGCCCACCGCCACUGACCACCCGACCCGCAGACAUGGUGGAAGCGGAUCGCCCGGGGAAGCUCUUCAUUGGCGGGCUCAACCUCGAAACCGACGAGAAAAUCCUCGAGGCCACGUUUGGCAAGUAUGGCUGCAUCACCGAGGUGCUCCUGAUGAAAGAUCGAGAAACCAGCAAGUCCAGGGGCUUCGCGUUCGUCACCUUCGAAAGCCCGGCAGACGCCAAGGCCGCCGUCAGAGACAUGAACGGCAAGUCCCUGGAUGGUAAGGCCAUUAAGGUGGCCCAGGCCACCAAGCCGGUGUUCGAGAGCGGCCGGCGGGGUCCGCCGCCGUCCCACAGCCGCCCGAGGGGCCUGCUCGGGGCCCGCGGCGGCGGCGGCGGCCCACGGCGCCCCCAGUCCCGGGGCGGGCCGGCGGACGACGGCGGUUACGCGGGCGACUUCGACCUGCGGUCCUCCCGGGCCCCGCUGCCUGUGAAGCGCGGGCCGCCGCCGCCGCGCAGGGCCGGCCCGCCCCCGAAGAGGGCCGCGCCGUCGGGCCCGACUCACAGCGGAGGCGGUGGAAUACGCGGGCGGCCUCCGGCCGCUCGGGGGCGAGACGGCUAUGCCGGGCCGCCGCGCCGGGAGCCCCCGCCCCCGCGCCGGGACCCGUACCUGGGCCCCCGGGAGGAGGGCUACUUGCCCCGACACAGCUACUCGUCGAGCCGCGACUACUCGAGCGUCCGCGACCCCCGGGAUUUUGCUCCCUCGCCCAGAGAGUACACCUACCGCGACUACGGCCACUCCAGCGCCCGGGACGACUGUGCAUCGAGAGGCUACGGCGACCGAGACGGCUACGGGGGGCGCGACCGCGACUACCUGGAUCACCCGAGUGGAGGCUCCUACCGAGACCACUUCGAGAGCUACGGGGACCCGCGCAGCGCCGCCCCUGCACGGUGGCCCCUGCCAUCUUACGGCGGCGGCCGCUACGACGAGUACCGCGGCUGCUCGCCCGACGCCUACGGUGGCGGCCGGAGCGAGCGCUAUUGGAGGGGCCGCGACCGGGCAGGCAGAGCUGAUCGCGGGCUGCCGCCGUCCAUGGAGAGGGGGUGCCCGCCCCCGCGCGAGUCCUACAGCGGGUCCGGCCGCAGGGCCCCCCUAGGCGGAGGCCGCCUGGGAAGCUGCUCGGAGAGAGGGGGAGACCGGAGCAGAUACUAAGCAGCAAGAGAGUUGGGACCAAAAUCCGCAUUCAAAGAAGCUGCCGAAAAGCAGAGACUGGUCUAUGGUAACUACUCAAGGACUAGUGCAAGGAAGAGUUGUUUUUACGUUUUAAGAAUUUCCUGUUAACUUUCUCUCCAUAAUUUUUUUUUUUUUGGUACUUUUGAGAGGAAAAAGUUAAAACUCGUUUUGAUUUCGUUUUGGAAUUGUUAACGUUUCUUUCAACAAGUUCAUUUAAAAG